AUGGCGACUUACAAGUUGACUCCUGCUCUCAUGGCAGGUAGCCUACUCUUGGGACUAGUACUUGCCCUAGGCCAUCACUUCUACUACGAUCAUCUCGAUGGAAGAAUCGUCCAGAGUCAGAACCAGCAACAGUGGUUCUUACGUCUAGGCACAGGACUGGCAUUCUUAGUAAGAGCCUUUUUAUCUGCAGCCGUGGGUAUAGCCUAUACGCAGAUAUUAUGGAGAACUCUAAGAUCAAAACCUGUCACUGUUGGUGGAGUUAACUCGCUUUUCGGCGUUGUGCAUAAUGCCUGGGACUUUGUCACUUUGGAACUUUGGACUGCUGCACCUGCACUAGCCGUGGUGGCUAUUAUUGCAUGGGCUCUUCCGCUUGUCGCAGUUAUCGCUCCGGCUACACUGACUGUCAAAGUCUCGUCAGAACCAAACAUCACAGUCCUUGAGGCCCCCAUACCAAUUCCAGAUUAUAGCACCUUGGAAACCUUUGGCAAGUGGACAGGUAUCAACGGAGGAGGCAGUCUGAUUCCCUCAACCUAUGUCUCCAGACUACUGUUAUCAGUUGUGUCUCUGGGCUCAAUCCUGACCUUUCCUGCACCCUUUCCUAAUUCUUCAUAUGCACUUGACUUUUAUGGUCCAACACUAUCAUGCGGCAUCCCUAGAAACAAGACAUUCUCAGAGGAAGUUGGAAAGAUGAUUUUGAAUAGCACCUGGAGUGCAGAUCCAUACGCCUUUGUCGGGUUCGUGCCGUCGUCUACGAGUGGUAGCAAUUAUAUUACCAACGGAAUUGAUGAGGAGUAUGCUUUGAAUGGUCUAGCUACUGCAGUUAACAGCUCUCUAGUGGCAAAAGCUGCGUUUUUGGAUCAGACGGGUGGAAACACAAGCGCAGCAAAGUUUUAUGUGGCUGUGCCAAAUGAAUUGUCGCCCCGUGCGAACAAGUCUAUCGAAUGCCAACUUUACAACUCUUCCUUUGCGCUCAACUUUACGUUCAACAACGGCCAGCAAAAUGUUCGUUAUAAAACUAAAAAGAUCAAUCCUGUGGCGUCGUUCGAUACCAAGAUUUGUCGUGACAUGGACCCUGAUUAUUGCAGCGCUACGCACGCUUACAUAUCCAUCAUGGCCACCGUCGGUCAGUUCCUUAUUGGUACUCUCACCAGGUCUCACUACGGCAGCUUGUUUUCUACUCAGACGCAGAUUAGAAGUUCUGUUUUGAUGGAUACAAAAGAGAUGCAAGCUUUGAACCAAGACACGCCCGAGUCUAUGAUUGGAAAUAUUUCCAUGUCUGACGCGCUGGAGGACCUGUUUACAAACGUUACGAUAAGCCUCUUCAGCAAUACAAGGCUUCUACAAAACAGCACUGCCGCAUCCCGUGGUCCAAUUACAUAUUCAUCUGCCCAAAACGCGUUCCAGUAUGAACCUCGAAACCUUUUCAUCGCAUACGGCACAGGUCUCCUUCUUUCUUCAGUUAUUGUUAUCUUUGGAUUGUUAUGUAUCAAGUCUGCCUCUGCAUCCUACGAGACUUGCUUUUCAACUAUCCUUAGAACUACGAGAAACCCUGACCUCGACACUAUUGUUCCUGCAGCAGAGACUACAGGAGCAGAACCUCUGUCGAAACAGCUAAGCAAUGUUCGUCUUGUGUUAAGAAGACAAGGAGGGGGACUUGAGAGUAGUGAUGGUGAAAAGGUCACAUACUUCGCCGUGGAAUCCAAGUCCGAUGUUGUGAAUAAGGAACAAUCGAAUUCUCCGGCAGAGUCUUUGUUACAGCAGAAUAAAGCAAUCGUCCACACGCAUACGAGUGCUCAAGGGUCGACAGUGGGUAAUGAGAACGAAUCACCGUUUCUUACCUCUACAAACGACGAAGUGUCGCCCGUGAGCAACGGCAUUGAACGCGCAUCACCGUGGGAAAGGAAUGAAGGGCGGAAUAUCGAAAUGUCUAAUUACCGGGAGGAAGUAAGGAGGGACUGA